AUGAAGUGCUGUCUCAUCUUCUCUGUCAUGAGCGCAGCUGGAGUUGUUCUGGCUGCAGAUUCUCAAAGCGAUCAUUCGAACUCACCAGAUGAUCUUAACGUUCCCUACAUGGUGUAUCUGCAGUCCAGCCCCGAGCCCUGUGUGGGGACCCUCAUUCACCCUGAGUGGGUUCUGACGGCGGCUCACUGCCCCUUACCCUUUCAAAUCCGGCUGGGAGUUUAUCGCCCCAGCAUCCAGCACAAGAGCGAGCAGAUACGGAAUUACUCACUGACCGUGCCCUACCCUGAAUUCGACGCGCGCACCCUGGAAAAUGACCUGAUGAUGAUAAAACUCUCCAAGGCCGCGACGCUCAACAGCCGCGUGGGGACCGUCGCCAUAGCUUUCGAAGACCUGGCGCUGAAUGAUUCCUGCUUUAUCCCCACCUGGAGGUGGAACGACUAUAAAAACCUUAGUGACCCCGACAUCCUGACUUGGACAAACCAACAUUCUCUUCCCUUCCUCAAGUGCAAGAAUAUACUGGAACGAGAAGUGACAGUCAACAUCAUGUGUGUGGGACAACCUCUAAGCACCACAUUUGAAAUGAAGGAGGUUUCGGCUGCUCCAGCCAUCUGCAGUGGGAGGGUGCAUGGAAUCUUGUCCUGGUCCAAAGGAAGUGUCACCCUGGGAAGUGAAGGCUUCUUCACAGAAGUUCAUCCCUAUGCGAAAUGGAUCAUGAAGACCAUAAAUGCCUACUGAGGCCCCUCCGUCCCCGACUCCUCA